CCCACGAACAAAACUGCUCGAGCUCCGCGCGUUCAUUCAGUUGACCUUGUGGGCGGCUGAGGUUAUUUGUCUCCGAGUUCCGCGACUCGAGCACCGGCAUCAACAUGAGCAUAAAGAUUGGCAUCAACGGCUUCGGCCGCAUUGGCCGCCUUGUGCUGCGUGCCGCCCUUGCCAAGGGCGUUGAUGUCGUGGCUAUCAACGAUCCUUUCUGUGAUGUCAAGUACAUGGUCUACAUGUUCAAGUACGAUUCCACUCAUGGACGCUACCACGGAGAUGUUCACGAGGAGGGAGGCAUGCUGGUUGUGAACGGCCACAAAAUCCAUGUUUUCCAAGAGAUGAAGCCCUCCAGCAUUCCCUGGGGCAAGGUCGGCGCCGAGUUUGUGGUAGAGUCCACCGGCGUCUUCCUCACUGUGGAGAAAGCUACUGCGCACAUUGAAGGUGGAGCCCACCAUGUGGUCAUCUCUGCUCCCUCUCCGGAUGCCCACAUGCUUGUGAUGGGUGUGAAUCACACCACCUACAACCCGAGCAUGAAGAUUGUGAGCAACGCUUCGUGCACCACCAACUGCCUGGCCCCGCUGGCCAAGGUCAUCCACGACAACUUCGGCAUAGUUGAAGGCCUCAUGUCCACCGUUCAUGCAACCACUGCCACCCAGAAGACUGUGGAUGGACCGAGCCACAAGGCGUGGCGUGAUGGCCGUGGAGCCGCCCAGAACAUCAUCCCGGCCUCGACUGGAGCGGCCAAGGCCGUGGGCAAGGUGAUUCCCGAACUGAACGGCAAGCUGACUGGCAUGGCCUUCCGUGUGCCAACUCCCGACGUGUCAGUCGUUGACCUGACCUGCCGUCUGGCCAAGGAGGCCACUUACGACGAGAUCAAGGCUGUCAUGAAGGCUGCCUCGCAGAGCGACCACUGGAAGGGAAUCCUCGCUUACACCGAAGACGAAGUUGUGUCGACUGACUUCCUCGGAGACACCCACAGCUGCACCUUUGAUGCCAAGGCGGGCAUCGCCCUCUCCAAGACCUUUGUCAAGCUCGUUGCAUGGUAUGACAACGAGUACGGCUACAGCAACCGUGUGGUUGAUCUGAUCAAGUACAUGAAGUCCAGGGCCUAAAAAAGCCACAAGCAGAGGAUGGCAAGCCAGCGGACUUUCUGCCAAGAAUGUUCCACUGCUAGGCUGCUGCCAGCCGUCGUACUGCCAGCCAGCAUCGCUGCUGCUUUACCCUCCCCUCCCGAUUUGGCCUUUAACAGUCCUGUGUCUUCAACAGCUACUUUAAAAGUUCUCCCUCUCGUCACUACCGCCCCGUAGUGUGCCCUCCUCUGUGUUGUCUCGGAAAAGUCUCUGAAAUAAAAUCCCUAGUGAAACCCCA